UCUCUCUCUCUCUCUCUCUCUCUCUCUCUCUCUCUCUUACUUUUCUUAAAAGCUAAAACGAUAUGAUCUGAACCGUCCAAACGGUGUUGUCGUCAUCUUCCUCAUCAUCAAAACCUCCAAUCAUAUUUUCAGCAAACGAAGUCAUCAUAUAAUUAAUUUCUCUUUCUUUCGCUUUCUCUCUCUAGAAUUAGUACACAAGAAUUAUUCGAGAGAAUAAUAUGGUGCGGAAGUGUAGCAGAGGAAUUGCAGAGAUUACGAUUAUGGAGGUUGCUCAUCAAGUCGGUGUACGGACUAGAGCUCGAGCUUUGGCUAUGGCGGCCGCCAGCUCAGGUUCGCCUAAGAAAAGAAAGGUCAAUACUACUACGGGAAAAUUAAUGAAGCUAUCAACGACGUCGUUUGUGAUCACAUCGACGACGGAGAAUUUAGUUGUUCCGGCUAAGGCAGCGGAGAGUAAUAUUGGAAGAGCAACUACUGCGAAGACGGGAAAGGUGGAGGAGGAUGAUGAUGGAGUGGUGGAGUUGUGGUAUUCAAAUUCAAGUCCGAGUUCUGAUGGCUUUCAUGAUGAUGAUAAUCAGGUUCAAGCCUCUUGUUGUUCGAGUAACGGCUCUAGUGAGCUAGGUGAUAAUAAUGAUCAGGACAGAACCAAAUUCAUAGAUCUGGAGGCGAAUGAUGAAUGUGCCGAAGCUGAAACAUCGACGUACUACUCUUGCAGAGAAAGGAGAGAGAUGACUCCAUCCAGUAAUAAGUUUCAAGAAGAAUUAUCUGACGACGUAGAUUCAACGAUGAAACCAACGUCUGUUGUGGAUUCUAGCCGUAAAUCACUGGUGGGAGAUCAGAAAAUGCCGACGGAGUUAGAGCUCGAAGAAUUCUUUACAGUCGCCGAGAAAAACAUCCAAAAACGAUUUCAAGACAAGUAUAAUUACGAUGUUGUUAAGGACUCUCCGUUGGAAGGACGUUACGAGUGGAUUAGAUUAAAUCCAUGAAUUUAAAAGAAAAAAGAAUAGAGUAAGCAAACAGUAAGAAGAAAAAACCAGUAGUGGUACUAGCUAGUACUGGUUGAUGAUGAUCAGUGACCAGGUUCUGAUAUUCUUAUUAUAGUAAAUUUAGAUAUAGUACUAAUUUUAAGCUUAAUUGAUUAAGCUAUUUUCUCAUUAGGCCACAUUUUUCUUCUCUUUUAUAUGUAUAGCUUUUCUCUUUUUCCUUUUUUCCCUUUCUUCCUCACUAGUAAUAGCUAGUUUUUCUCUUUAAGAAAAAAAACAGUAGUAUCGUAGUAAGUAUGUAUGUAGAAUGAGCUAAGUUGUUCUCUCUGUACGGAUUGUACGGGGAAACCUCUAAUUUUAUUUUGCAAGUAAAAUUAAUCCAUUCUGUGAAGAAAAA